ACACGAAUUGCGAAAACGAGGACCAUUCUAAACAUUCUGUAAAAAUAAGGACCAUUUUAAACAUUCUGAGAAGAUGAGGACCAUUCGUAACAAAUACUAUGAAAAUGAGAACUAAAAAGGUAUUUAAGCCAAAUACUUAUAAAUCCAUAUUUUAUAAAGAAAAGCUAACUAAAAUUAAUUCUAAUAAUUCAUCAAUUUUAAUUAGGAGUAUCUUAGAUUAUCAAAAUUUGACAUGAUAAGUUUAUUCCAACAAACUUAAGAUCCUCCAAUCAUAUUUAGAAAUCCAUAAAAUAAAAUAAAGCAAGGGCUGUGAAAAGAGAACCACAAAAAAACUGGAGGAUGAAGAGUGGUAUCGGCGGAGAGUAGCGGGGAACAUCGUACACGUUGAAGGUGCAUGCAAUUCUGAAUCAAUGGCUUCAACCACUCUCUUCCCUUCUAUAAAACCAAGCCAAAACCCUGGCCAACGUUAAUCUGUAUCUCUCACGAUUCAUCACACAAACGUUCGAUCUUUCUCUUCCUCUUAAUUGUAACAACCACACCAAUAAAUUACACAAUAGUAUCGCCGAAAAAUAAAACAGUUCUGGUGGGUUAAUUAAUAACCUCCCUAACGUAAUCAUAUUUUAUCGUUACUAUUUUCAUUUUUCGUUCAAUUGCAAAUAACAAGCUAUGUGUUGAAUUUGGCAUGUGAAAGAGAGGGGGAGGGAGACAGUGAUUGGGAGGUACACCAGUGUGAAACAUGGAUGAAUUACUCGGCCUUCUAAGAAUUCACAUCAAGCGUGGCGUCAACCUCGCCAUUCGCGAUGUCAGCACCAGCGAUCCAUACGUCGUCGUUAAGAUGGACAAACAGAGGCUGAAGACUCGUGUGAUUAAAAAGGACAUCAACCCCGAAUGGAACGAAGAUCUUACCCUUUCCGUGUCAGAUCCCUCGAUUCCGCUGAUGCUGACUGUGUAUGAUCAUGACACUUUCACCAUGGAUGACAAAAUGGGAGAUGCAGAACUUGAUAUCUCACCGUAUAUAGAAGCCUUGAAGACGCAAGUGGAUGAUCUUGCCGCUGGAACUAUAAUCACCAGAAUACAACCAUGUAGAACGAACUGCCUCGCGGAGGAAAGUUGCGUGGUUUUUGAGAACGGAAAAGUGGUGCAAGAUGUUGUUCUAAGACUAAGACACGUGGAAUGCGGUGAGCUGGAACUUCAAUUGGAAUGGAUUAGUCUUCCCGGGGCCAAGGGUUUAUGAAUUUUCUUUCAUCUUCAUGCCAAAAAUUUCUUCAAACCCUUUUAUCAAGUAUGUCUACUUAUAUAAUUUCUUUUUUUUCUUUUUUUCUCCCAUCUUUUCUAGUGUAAUAUUCUAGGCUUCACGGAGACUCACCUUAUUCUUGUUUUUUUCUUGAGUCUUCCAACAGGCCAAUCU